GUAGAGGAAUGUUGCUGUGCGUGGUGUCCGGCGUCCGCGUGCACUUUCCGUAUUGUGUGCGCCGCCAUUGUGGUGCUGAAGUGGCUUGUUAGUGCGAGUUUGCCGGCUGGUGUUUGGUGUGGUUUGCUAGAAGUGGGCUGUGUGCCGGUUUGCAAAUACAAGUAGAGCAAAAAAAAAAAAAAACAACGAAAAAGUGCCAAUUGGAAUGUGUUGAAAAGGUUCGAAAGUGUAUGCAGAUCACUUGUGUGACGAGUGUGUGUGAGUGAGUGUGUCAUCCAAAGGGCAUUGAAGGCCACCAGUACCGCCAGUAAUUGUGUGUGUGGAGGUGCGUUUGACUAAUGAAACAUAAAUUUCCCUACCCAAGCGACAGCCAGCAUUCCAACGAGGCAGUCCAGUCCAAACCGUGCUUAAAUUGGUCGUAGCUACAGUGUGCAGUGCUCCCGUGAAAGCUUUUUCCCCGGUGUGUCAUUGAGUGAAUUUCUGCCACGGCUCGCAAUAAAAUGAUCAACGAAUGGCAGCCGGGUGGAAUGUGUGUGUGAUGUGUUGUAGUACGGUUCGCGAAUCCCGCCCCUCGGAAGUCCGCGGUGAGCAGUGAGUGAGGUGGUGUGUGGCUGCGUAAAGCUCGUCGCACUGCUUCGCGACUGCUUCACCCCUAAAAAGGCUGCCACCAGUUAAUCCGGUGUCGAUAAUCACAACUUCAGCCGGACAAGUGGUUCAUUACAAGAACGCCGACAGCGCGUCAACAGAGAUAAAGGGGCAGUGAAACACGAAAGAAAACAAGCAAAGAACGCAUUGGUCUCACACAAACCAACCGGGCCAAAGUUUUCGUGCUCCGGUGAGAACGGAUGGAAAAGUUUUCCCGUUAAGCUAUACAGAACGAGGGCUACCAAAACAAGUGAGGAGAGUGUGGUGUGAGAGAUAAACAAAAAAAAACAGACUCCAAGGCCAUCUGCGGAGUCGCCCCCUGGUCCCCGACAGCUAAGCUAAGGGAAGCACAAUAGUGUGUGGGCAAUCAGGGGACUGAGCAGCUUUCACAUUUCCCCACCGCAGCGACAUCAUGGACGGAAGGAACCGACGGCGUCAAUUUGGCGGCCCCUGCCACUGUCUCCGGCCACUGAUACGGCUCUGGGGCGUCGUGACAGCGAUUGUGGUCAGUGGCGUCGGGAUAGACAUAAUGGUUCAUGGUUACACUGCAGGUGUUUAUAUAAUAGUUGCCUCCGUAGUUAUAUUCUUACUGGAAAUCAAAUGGCUCUUCACACUGUUCAUAGUGCUCUGUACAAACAAUGACUACUCGUCCGGAUGCUACCGGUGCUGGAGCGUCUGCCGGUACUGUGGCGGUUGGCAUCUGACCUUUCCGUACGUGGCCUUAGGUAUCGCGCUCAUCGUGUGGCCCCAUCGGCUCUGGCUGAGCCACGUGGCAGGUGGGCUGCUGAUAGGGCUGGCCAUGCUGCGGUUGCUAACUGUGUGCAAGUUUCGACCGCACGGCAAAGACGACGAGCUGCUGAACCAUUGUGAUGAACACGCUGACAAGUACGACAACCUAUCGGAUGUGCUGGUGGACAAUUCAAUGCCCGAGCCGGGCCACAGCUUGGAGGGCACUAACGGCAGCAGUCAGGGCGCACACGAUGACGGCGACGACGACGACGACGAUGACGAUGUGGCAAUCAAUGGGGACGGCAUGUGACCGGACGGGCCGGUGCGCCCCAAAUCGAAAAGCACCAUCCGGAAGUGCAUGAAUCAAAACUACGAAAAGCUGGACAACGACGAGUGUUGCGACUGCGACGUAAUCAAAUAGGACACAACGGCACUGUAACUGCUGGGAGGGGGCGCCGCUUACUCUCCCACAUGUUUGUAAAUAAAGUUAGCCUAACUGCUUGGGUUUCGCGAAUCAGUUUGACCGUUUCUCCCGGUCUUUCCUUUGUGUGGAAGGUUUGGGGAAAGGAGGAUGGUGGGCGGAGCAGUCGUACGGAAUUUAGCCGCUCGAAUUAAACUUGUAUUUAUAACAUAGCGUUUAGAAAGUUCGGGUUUCGAAGCAGGCAUGAUUAAAAAAUAAACAUU